UGUAAAUCUCCAUAACAUGGCGUUUUCCUCUCACGUCCCGACAAGCUUGUCUGUUAUGAUCUUGUAGGAUCAAGAUUUUAAAGUAAAAAUGACUAAUCCACUCAGAGGAGAGGUUAUCAGAUUGUACAAAAACCUGUUGUAUCUUGGUCGAGAAUAUCCAAAAGGAACUGCAUACUUCAGAGAGCGUCUGAAGGCGGCUUUCAUGAAGAACAAAGAUGUCACAGAUCCUGAGAAAAUCCAAAAACUGAUCGACCGUGGAGACUUUGUAAUCAAAGAACUAGAGGCACUUUAUUUUCUCAGGAAAUACAGAGCCAUGAAGAAACGCUAUUACGAACCGGAGCAUUAAUCAGCGACGAGUUCUCGGUCACAUGUGCCAGAUUAUAAGUAUUUGAAUGUUUGUAUUUGAUGUGUUGCACUAUCAAAUCAUUACUACUAGGACGACCUUGUUAGAUUCAACGAAGAAGACAAGUAUUAAUUGUAAUAAAAUGACAGAUGUGCAUAUUUAAAGGGAUAGUUCACACAAAAAUGAAAUAUAAUCACCUACAAGUAGUUCCAAAUCUUCAUGAGUUACUUAUAUUGAAUUUAAAUGUUGGAAAACAUUUAUUUUUAUACACUAUGGAAGUAUGGAGGACGAAACCUACAAAAACAAUAAAUAAAUAAAAACGCAAAUAUAUAAAUAAAUUUGUAAAUAAAUCCAUAUAUUCCUGCAUAAAUAAAUAUGCAAAUAAAUAAAUAAUAGUAUAUAAAAAUGCAUAAUUUCCUGCAUAAAUAAAUAUAUAAAUAAUUAAUAAUGUGGACAGGUAAAUAUUUAAAUUAAUUACACAAAUGUUGGAAUAAGAAAAUGCUAAACUGAAAGUUUAUUUAAGAUCCAAUCCCCCCACCCCCCCACUGUAAUUGUUAAUUUAAUCUUGAAUGUAGUUGUGUAUUUUCCCCAGCUCAGCAUGUGUCUGUCAGGCUGCCUUUUAAUCAUCAGAAGCCAAUCAAAAAAAUCGAAUGCAAUUUUUUUCUAAAAAUCAACCAAUUAUGGCAUAAAAAACGCAUUCUGAUGAUUAACAGACACCCUCUCAUUAGCAUGUUGACCUGAGGAAGAGGAAAUGCGCAACUACGUUCAAGAAUGAAUACACGUUUGACAUGAUAAACUUCAAGUUUAGCAUUUUCUUAUUCCCCCAAAAUUCGAGCAAUUCAGUUAAUUAUUAACCUGUCCUGUUAUUUAUGCAGGAAUUUGUGGAUUUUUAUAUACAUUUAUUUCUUUGCGUAUUUAUUAUUUUAUUUAUGUGGAAAUUUAUGGAUUUAUUUACUCAUUAAUUUCUAUAUUUGCGUAUUUAUUUAUUGUUUUUGCAGUUUUCGUCCUCCAUAUUUCCUCCGUCAACUUCCAACAUGAUUCAAAACAUCUUCUUUUAUGUUCAACAAAAUGAAAGAAGCAGUGGAGGGUGAGUAAAUAAUGACAGAAUUUUCAUUUUUGAAUGUACUAUCUCUUUAAACAAAACUUCCAGUUUUACGUUGCUUUAAGGAAGUUCAUGAGUGUGUAACUCAACCUCACAGUAAGCGAAGUUGUUUUUUCGCGAUGAUUUCUUCUGCAGUUCCCUUGUCAGGUCCAUUCUUGCAUUACCGGAAACCUUAAAGUGCAAAAAUGGUAAAAGUAAGAAGAACAGGGUGAUUGUCAAUUUGUUUAUAUGCAAUAAAUGUAUGCUCACUUUU